AUGGCAUUGGGCCAUCUGAUUUCCCUUCUCUCCAUGUCCAUGGUAUCAUCCGCACAGAAUUAUACGCAGGAUCUCGAGAAUCCCACAGGGUUUCCUCCUUGCGAUGCCCUUGUAUCCGCCGGCCUCAGUAAUCGUAUCUUGACCGCCUCAUCAGAGGAGUAUGAGCCACGCAUCCAAUCAUGGUGGUCCACCAACACGCGACAACACCCUUGGUGUCUCUUUCAGCCUCGAACAACUCAAGAGGUCUCCACCGCAAUCAGCACCUUAGAGAAAGCCGGAGGCGGAGCCGGGGAUUGGCACAUCGCUAUCCGAAGCGGUGGUCAUGGCUGGCCUGGAUCCAACAAUGUUCUCAAAGGCGUCACUAUCGAUCUUGGAAACAUGAACAAUUCUUGGUAUGAUACCGAGCACAAACUUGCCAGCAUCGAGCCCGGGGCAUACUGGAGAGAUAUCUACUUCAAUCUGCUUGACAAGUACAAUGUCACGGUGACUGGCGGCCGAGAUGGCGAUGUUGGUGUAGGCGGCUUCUUGCUCGGGGGGCGGGAUCUCCUACUACUCUGGUACGAACGGAUUUGGGUGCGACACCCAAACGCCCAAGAGUACCCAGACCUCUUCAAAGCGCUCAAGGGCGGCGGUCCCAACUUCGGCAUCGUCACACGCUUCGAUGUAGAAGCGAUGCCGGCUGUUGACUUGGCGUACGGACAUAAUGUGGUCUCGUUAGACCAUUCUGAUGAGAUUGUGGAUAACGUACUGGACUUCACAGAAAAUGUCGCAGAGCGACCGCACGAUCACAUGUUCGUGCUAUACGAGCACUCUCCCGAGAUGAACGGUACCAUCAUCCUAAGCGUCACCACGAAUACGCAGGGAGACAUGAACACCACGUCCUUCGAUGGCGUGCGAGAAAUUCCCGCGCUCUCGUCGUCCUGGGAUAAGAUGUCUCUCGCCGUUGCGGCAAAUGCCUCACAGGUAUCUUCUGGUUACAGUUCCGCCGGCUCAACCCUCACCUUCCUCUCAUCCCCAUCGAUCCUCCGCCACGCUGCGGACCUCCACACCAACCUAGUAAACCGCCUCACCACCCUUCUCGGCGCCGACAACUUCCUCUCCAGCAUAAUUCUGCAACCCAUGCCGACUCUAUACUCCGACAUCUCCGCCUCCAAGGGCGGCUCCAUGCUACCCCCGUUCCCCUCCAACGCUGUCAUGUGGACGGGCGGCGUCGGCGUGAGCGGCUCUGACGCGCAACUUGCGAUCGCAGAAACGGAAUUUUUGGCUAUGACCGCGGAGCUGGAGAGAGCUGCAAAAGAUGACGGCGUGCUUUUGGAGUUGCGGUAUAUGAAUUAUGCGCAUCCGGGGCAGGAUCCGUUAGGCAGCUAUGGGGAGAGUAAGUUAGAGUUUAUGAAGAAAGUGGCUGAAGAGGUUGAUCCCGGGGGUUUCUGGCAGGGGAGGGUGCCGGGAGGUUUCAAGCUGAGUAGGACUGGGUAG